AUGGCAAGGCCUGAGGGCUCCAUUGCAGAGGCAUAUGUCGCAAAUGAGUGCUUGAAUGCUUGCUCAAGGUAUUUUGAUGAUGUUGACACUAGGCACAAUCAUGAGGGCAGGAACAGAGAGCGUGUUCCAAUGAGUACAUGUGGUUUAUCUAUUUUCCAGCAUGGAGCAAAUAUGUUGGGGGCACCGAGGCUUACAUAUGAUGAGAAGGAUUAUGACAGGAUGGUUUGGAUUUAUAGGAAUGAGUUAGAGACUGCUGGCAAUCGUGAUGUUGGGGGACCUUGCUAA